AUGAUGCGCCGCUCUCUUCAAUUAGACGAAGUUGUAGAUGUUGACAAUACAGGAAAGAUCAUCGGUAUACCCGAGAUCAACGUAGAUAGGUCCGGGGGGCAAAAUGACUACUUGGAAGGCGUGAAUGGAAGUUUAGGAGAGGUCGCGCCGUGGAUGGAAUCACCACCAUCUCCAUUGACACCUCCGCCAACAAAACGUGGAUUCGGAUUGUCAGUGGCCGCAUUGGGGUCGAAAGUCUCAUUCUCUUCACUGCGUCAAGACAAAGACCCGAAUUACAUGCACUCCCAUCACGGCUCAGAGUCAACGCUCGCCUUCCCUUAUCUUCGUUCGACCACCUCAUUAUCUCAAUCACUUACUUCCGAGCAAGAGCAAUCAUUACGAAAAGCCAAAUCAUCUUUGUUUCUUCACAAUGCCAAAGCAUCGACUUCGAACGUUCCUGGACCCUCUGCACCCCCGUCUUCGGCAGGUGUGGCAAAAUCAAUGUUAUUGCCGUUCAUGCGAAAGAGGAGCAAGAGUCGUCUGAGAGCUAAGACUCUCGAAAACGACGGACGCGACCGAGAGCAUCCGAGUCUGAGGCCAAAAACGCCGCCGUUGCCGGAAUUUCCUGCGUAUGCAAGCUCUGUGACAUUGAACAUGGUUGCGGAAAAUGGACAGGUGAUUGGAAAUGGGAAGAAGAAGGCUGUGGGUGGGGUGUCACAUCCUCGCCGAUGGAAGGAUAAAGAAAAAGAUAGGGAUAGAAGCUACGGAGAUUUUGGUGACCAUGCACCUGUUCCGCCUCCAAAAGACGGCGAAGUCGUGAUGAGACUUGAUACGAAUUUAGAUCGAAUGGAGGGUAUUGUUGAUACCAGCAUUCUCAGCACUGGUACAUCAACAAUGGGAAUUUUGCCUAGCAAAGGCUCUUCGAUACACACCCUAAGUCAGAGUAUCUCUGAUGAUAGGCACUCCCAGCAUUCACAACAGUCCUCGACAAACACUCAAUACAAUAACCUUGGACCUAUUUCGCAUUCCGAAUUCCACAAUCCAUUUUCUUCCUUCUCCUCCCAAAGUACGGCUGCAACCUCCUCCUCCUCGUUUAUAUCACAUCCUUCUCUUUCGCCUUAUUCUCCUCCGACCUCCGUCUCUCCUCCUCCUCCACGCGGUUCUUCCCUCGCGCAUAUUAACAACGUUGUGGACAGGAAAAUCUCUCCCCGGACCAUUGUCCCGAACCAGCAACAGCACAAUAAGUUCCGAGAAGGCCUGCAGCCUGGAUUGAAUGUGAUGAUUCCCCCCACGUCAACUAAUGGCUUACACGGUGGCGUAGACAGCGUCAACGGAUUACACAGAAAUGACGGUUCUAAUGCUAUCGUUGCACCCAAGGCUCAACCCCCCGUCAGCACGCAUCCGUCUGAUAAUGACGCGCCUCCCCCUGACUCCCCUUCGUGGGUUCCUCCUCAAUCCUGGGACGUUCAGUUCUUGGACGAAGGCGAGCAUGAAGCUGAGGAUGAAUACUACUCUUCUUCCGAAGAUAGCUUGCUGCACAAUCUUUCAGGAAGUAUAGGGAGUAGGAACGUAGGAUCCGGAGGCAGGGGGACUGUAGGCGGAGGAAGACCGUUAGAAUUUGCUAGGCCAAGUCGGGGUGAACUUGACGACGAUGACGAAGAUGAUGACUUGUCUGCGGUUCGUACUGGUGUAGGAGGUCUUAGUGGCGUGGAUGAGCAUGGGCGGCGUAUUGAACGGCAACCCCCUGGUAGCGUUGCGUCGAUUCGGUCGUUCUCUACAAACACUUCUCGCUAUGGCUCCGGCACCACAUCUGCUUACAACCCCCCAUCUAUGGCCGGUUCCAUUACUUCGAUAAACUCCUACUCCAACCUGAAUGGGGGGAGGAAAGAGUCUAGUUAUAGUCAUAAGAAGGGUCGAAAACUCAUUCCUCAUCCGAGGAAGAAUAGUAAAGGCGACGAGACUAACCAUAUCUACGGCGAUAAUACGUUGGGAUCAAAACGUGAAGUCAACCUCAGUCUAGCUUCACUCAAUUCGUCACUGAACCAACGACGGCCAUCUCACCCUCUAUAUACCUCAUCAUCUCGACAAUACCUCCCCCAUCCCCGCCUCCAAUCCAUAGAUUCUAAGAAUGUUCAAACUCAAUCUUCCCAAGAUGGGCUACCCGAAUCAUCGUCUCGAUUCAAAAUUCGAAUUCACAGGGUGAACAACACCUACCAUGUCGUGUCUUGUGGUUUCAACAUCACUGUUGCCCAGCUGACUCCAAAGUUGAAUGCAAAAUUACUGUCCGGAGAAGAACGGGAAACGCACAAGUUGUACUUAAAGGAGCGAGGACGAGAGCGUAUUCUCACACAGACAGAACGCCCCGCCGAUAUAGUCCGCAGGCGCCUUGAACAGGCCGGAUAUGACGUGAGCGAUGGUCUUGAGCUUCUGGGUGGUGAAGCUGGUGAAGGAUUGUCGUUCUUGUUGAAAUUCGUUUAUAAGAGUCAGUUCUUGGGGCCUAACGAACAAAAUCUCGCCAUCGAAGAUUUUGAACGUGUAGACCUCUCUGGCCGCUCCCUCCGCACCAUUCCUGUCGCCUUGCAUCAGCACGCCGAUCAGAUCACCUCCUUGUCGCUCUCCCGCAAUCCUAUGCUCGACCUUCCUCUCGAUUUCAUCCAAGCUACCUCUCACUCUCUGACAGAACUUCGCUUAUCGCACAUGGCACUCAAAAAAGUUCCUACAAAUAUCCAGUUCGCAGUCUCCCUCACACGCUUGGAUCUGAGUUCCAAUAGAAUAGGAGAUCUCGACGAUGCAUAUUUAGAGAAGAUUCCUGGGCUGAAAUCGUUGAAGGUGCAAAACAAUCGUAUGGAGAAGUUACCUUGGCAUUUUCCGCGGUUGCGAAGUUUGACGACGCUUAACAUAUCUAACAACAAGUUCCGCGUUCUUCCUGCCGUAAUUUGCCAACUUGAAUCCCUACGCGACCUCGACAUUUCCUUCAACACCAUCUCCGAACUUCCCGAAGAACUCGGUCUUCUUCGCAACCUUGAACACCUCAUCAUGGUAGGAAACCAGAUUACCUCUAUUCCUCCCACUGCCUCUUCUCUGGGUUCGCUUCGUAGGCUGGAUUGCAGGCGAAAUCUAAUCGGGGAUUUAGCGGUGAUCGGGAUGUUGCCGAAAUUGGAAAAGCUGAGCGCAGAUCAUAACAGGUUAAAUGGGGUAGAAUUGUCCUUGGGACCGAAUUUAAGUACUAUUGAUGCAGGAUAUAACGAAAUCACCGAAAUCCGUGUCGUCGCGAGUCCAGUAGGCCACCCAAAACCUUAUACCGCCCUCUUUUCCCUCGAUGUCUCUCACGCGAAACUGUCUUCAAUAUCUGCUUCAGCGCUCUCCUCCCUUCCUUCCCUUCGUACACUUAAGCUCUCCCAUAACAACAUUAAAGUACUUCCUCCAUCGUUGGGAGACCUUGAUUAUCUAGAGGUACUCGAAUGUGCGGAUAAUCUACUCGAGAGACUUCCACAGGGUAUUGGCAGGCUUCGGAGACUCGAAGUACUAGACGUUCAUGAAAAUAAUCUGACGGAACUUCCGGGGGAGCUUUGGGCAUGUAUGAGCUUGGGGAAGCUCAAUGCCACUAGCAAUCUAAUCGAGAAAUGGGACGCACCCAGCGCACCUCCACCACCGACAUCACAGAAUGGAGAUACGUCAAGUUCUGACAACGCAACAAGGAUUUCCACGAUUGAUUUGCAUAUGCAUCCUUUUCCUGAUCGUAAAAGUUCAGCCUCCUCUCUUAGCGAUCCAUUUUCUUCUCCUUCUCGCCUUCCAAACCUUGCCUACGCCUUGGAAAAACUUUACCUCGGCGAAAAUCAGCUCUCUGCAGAAUCACUCGGCUUCCUAUCAUUAUUCCAAAAAUUAAAGGUGCUUAAUCUUUCGUUCAAUCUGAUUCAAGAGUUACCCCCUGGAUUUUUCAAAAAUUUUCUUUCCGAAAUACCUUUUACGGCUUCUCCAUCUCCGCAGCAACAGCCACAAACAUUCCAAAAGUCUUCCCUCGAAGAGCUUUAUCUCAGCGGAAACAAGUUGACAACUCUUCCGACAGAAGAUUUAGCUCGGAUGACUAGGUUAGGUACACUGUUCUUGAAUGGGAAUCGAUUACAGACUCUACCACAAGAGCUGGGUAAAGUGCAAAGUCUGACAAUAUUGGACGUGGGCAGUAAUCUCCUGAAGUAUAAUAUUUACAACUGGGAAUUCGAUUGGAACUGGAAUUUCAACAAAAACCUGAAAUACCUGAACCUCUCUGGAAACAAGCGCCUUCAGAUUAGAUCCAACAACACUAAACUAGGCCCUGGUGGAUCUAGACACAGUAAAAUGCCAGAUACUGCAGCCAAAUCUAGAACCCUUGACGGCCCACUUACCUCUAAAACACCUGCAGACAAGGGUCCCUCCAGCGCCGACAUUCAACAACAAUCCCUCGGCGGUUUCACCAAUCUUUCCCAGCUGCGCGUACUUGGCCUUAUGGACGUCACGAUCACCACCACUGGUCAAUCAGUCAUUCCCGACGAGCACGAAGACCGACGCGUGCGUACUUCAGAAAGCACUGUGUGUGGAAUGGCGUAUGGUAUCGCUGAUACUCUUGGACGGAAUGAUCAUCUUAACAUGCUGGACCUCGUGCACGAAUUUCCUUCUUCCUCAUCCGCCCUCCGGAAAAACGAAGCAAUCUUCGCGAUCUUUGGCCGAAGUCAGCCGCCGAAAGCCAUGCCGGCGGGGAUCAGUGGCAAUAGAAUUGCAAAAUUUUUGAGAGAUAAUUUUGUCAAUGUAUUCAAUACUCAGUUGGCGGGGCUGAAGCGGGAAAAGGCAGAGGGCGUACCGGAUGCUCUGAGGAGAAGUUUCCUGAAAAUCAAUCAGAACCUGCAUGAUCUAUUGUUUUCGAAUCGAAAUAAAACCCUGCAGACGAUGCAGGCCUCGUCCGGUGGUUCCGCCCCCAGCCCGGACCUUCUUGUUUCGAGGGGCGGAGCGUCAGGUGUGGUGCUAUAUUUUUGUGGAGAGACGAUGUACGUCGCGAAUGCCGGUAACGCACUUGCUGUUGUCUCGAGAGGAGGUUACCCCGAACCCGUUUCACGCAAACACGACCCUUAUGACCGCCUCGAAAUGUCGAGGAUUCGAGCCGCGGAAGGAUGGAUAUCCCCUGCUGGGCUAGUCAACGAUGAGAUCGACAUCAGCCGCUCCUUUGGAUUUUUCCAUCUCCUUCCCGUCGUCAAUGCUCGACCAGAUAUAUUCGUAUGGGAGCUCUCGGAGCUGGAUGAGUUUGUCAUCGUCGCCAAUAGGGGCUUAUGGGAUUUCGUCUCGUACAAGACCGCCGUCGAUAUCGCGAGGAGGGAACGUGGGGACCCGAUGCUUGCCGCCCAAAAACUAAGAGAUUUCGCGAUAAGCUAUGGGGCAGAUGGAAGUACAAUGAUCAUGGUGAUCUCUGUCUCGGAUUUGUUCAGGAGAGACGAAGCAAGAAGCCGGGAAGGCUCAAUCGUAGAUCCUCAACCAUUCAAGACACCCAAGGCGGUAAUCACCGAUCGUGGUCUGUCGAGGCUUCAAGACGAAGUUUCGGCACCGACAGGUCAUCUGGCUUUAGUAUUCACUGACAUUCGGAAUUCAACACAUUUGUGGGAUGUAAAUCGGGGGAUGAACACCGCGUGGAGGUUGCACAACACCCUUCUUCGGCGUAAGCUUAGGUUCUGUGGCGGAUACGAGGUCAAGACUGAAGGUGAUGCUUUCAUGUGCGCUUUCCCUACGACAAUGGCGGCAGUCUGGUGGUCCCUUGCAGUGCAGAUGGAGUUGCUUGAGCAAGAUUGGCCAUUAGAAAUACUUGAAUGCGAAGACGGAAAGCCGAUAUAUGAUUUUGACAAUCGACUUAUCGCUCAAGGCCUUUCCGUCCGUAUGGGCAUUCAUUGUGGAUCGCCCCUUUGCGAAGUUGAUCCAGUCAACCACCGGAUGGACUAUUUUGGCCCUAUGGUCAAUCGUUCUGCGCGAAUUAACUCGAGUGCGGCCGGAGGGCAAAUAAUGUGCAGCGAAGAAGUCAUUCGAGAGAUUAGAGCAAAGCUGUAUAAUGGUCCGUCGACACCGCAGUCAGAUAGCCAACCGCUGGAGGCUAUUGACAACGUCCGAAGACUAGGAUUGUCAAUCAUCGAAGUAGGGGCGGUCAAACUUAAAGGACUCGAGUUACCCGAACAACUCUCGCUUAUCUACCCUGGUCACCUUGUCGCUCGACAUAAUAUGCGCGAAGUCGUCGCAGAUCCGGAUGCAUCCGGGUCAAGAGUUCAAUUCAGCGUCUCGCAGAUUCGUCAGCUGGGAUUGGUGUGCCUUCGACUCGAAUCCCUCGCAACGUCCCGCGUUUUCAAGGAAAUAGGCGAGCGGAAGAGUUCAAUACAGACCGUUAACCUGAGUGUUGAGAACGACCAUGACGAAGAAGAGGACCCGCUUUACAUCUACGGAGAUCCGAAUUUAUUGUUGCCGCCGUUGGAUGAGAAGGCGUCGUCUGACAGGGAUAUGACACUCGUGCUGGAUGCAUUAUCGGGAAGGAUUGAGAAUGCGGUAGCUAAGAUCAAGGAGAAGGCGCUCGUCAACUCGGUCAAGGAUUCACUAAUUUCUGCGAUGGGGAAUACAAGAGGUUGCCUCGAUGAGCGGACGUUGCAGUCAUUGUUAGAUAUUAUUAAGGGUCUUUAA